CCCAGGAAGCAAACAAUAGCCUACAUUUACGGGUGCAUGGUACGCUGCAUUGCGAAAUAUGUCGCGGCAUUUACACACUGGAAUCACCAGACACGUUUCGGCAUGAACGACACUUUUCAUCCCGAAGAAUUCGGUCUAGCUGCUUUAGCAUAUUGCACAUUAAGUUAUUCAUACUGAUUUGGGUUAAAUGGUUAUGAGACAUUCUUACUUGCUGUGCAGUAUGAAUCUCCUUCGAUAAAUCUGUGACUAACUAAAUUGUCAGAUUCUCUACAUGUAAAACUGCAAACCGGGAUCAAUUCAGUCUACCGCUGUUUUUCGAUGUUAAUGAAUUCGUGUAUUUAUAUUUAGUUUUCUCUGAUCGCUGCCACAGUAAUUUACAUACUCGACGUAUCAACUGAACAAAUAAAAUGGUGGCCAGUUUUUACAUCGAUCAUGGAUUUGUAGAAGUGGCCGAAGAAAAAAGCGGGAUUUCGUGCAUGAGCGAGGGUGGUAUGAAUGUGGAUGUAGCGGCGGAUGAAGCUGAAGCCUUUACCGCCACAAAGCGCACUGGCCGCCGCAAUGCAGUGCCCUCUCAGGAGCUGAGCCAUGCCCUUACACAGAUCUCCCAGGAUCUCCUACCUGAUCUAGCGAAGCAAUUGUCGCUGACAGACGAUCCCAUGGAUGCCGGAAAGCCAUGCGAUUCUUCACAGCCUUCCACUUCUGGCUCGCAGACAUCCCAGCAGCCACCCAAUGGGUGAUCCUCAGCCAGAUCUCUGUAUAUGUAUUUCGCCUUUUUGAUGCUCGCAAUUUUCUACCAAAAACAAUAACACUUGAUUCUGACUAUGGAGACCAUGUCGAAUGAGCUAUUCAGUGCGUUUAACUUAUAACCACCAAAGAAAAUGCGCUUUAAUACAUCUGCAUGCAGCCAAAUGCAACUUUAAAAUGCUUAUAUGCCUGUGUUUUGCUACAAAUUUUGAAGCUCGUUAUAAUUUGAAUUUUCACGGCAAUACUCUGGUGAUUUAACAGAAGCCUGUGAACCAUUCGAGUCUAAAAUGAAACGCAAUUACGAACAUCAUGGCU